AUGCCUUCAGCCUCGUCCCUGGAAACUUACCAGACUCCAUUGGCCUCCAGAUAUGCAUCUGUUGAAAUGUCGAGCUUAUUUUCGAGCCAAACUCGGUUUGGCACUUGGCGGCAGCUAUGGCUCUCUCUAGCUGAAGCAGAAAAGGAACUUGGUUUGCCCAUCUCCGAAGAAGCGAUUUCAGAAAUGAGGGCCAAUCUGGUUUUGGACCACAAACAAAUGGAAAUAGCCGCUGAGGAGGAGCGUAAGAGAAGACACGAUGUCAUGGCCCACGUCCACACAUUUGGUCUGGUCUGCCCGAAGGCUGCGCCGAUUAUCCAUCUUGGUGCCACAUCUUGCUACGUCACAGACAACGCCGAUCUCAUUUUCCUACGCAGAGGCUUUGAAAUCCUGAUACCCAAACUGGCCGUAGUCAUUUCGCGACUAACAAAGUUUGCGGAAGAAUACAAAAACUUACCCACGCUGGGUUGGACGCACUUCCAGCCAGCACAGUUGACGACCGUCGGGAAACGAGCGACCCUGUGGAUCCAAGAGCUAUUGAUGGACUUGAGGAAUCUGGUACGAGCCAACGAGGAUCUAGGUUUCCGUGGGGUCAAGGGUACAACUGGGACCCAGGCUUCAUUCCUGGCACUCUUUGAUGGCAACCAUGAAUUAGUCGAAAAACUCGAUGAGCUGGUCACCAAGAAAUCCGGGUUCAAAUUCGCCUAUCCGGUCUCAGGUCAGACUUACAGUCGCAAGAUUGACAUCGAUUCCUUGGCUCCACUCUCUUCCCUCGGCGCCACCGCUCAUAAAAUCGCCACCGACAUCCGAUUAUUGGCCAAUCUCAAAGAAAUCGAGGAGCCUUUCGAGUCUAGCCAAAUAGGAAGUAGCGCAAUGGCAUACAAACGGAACCCGAUGCGCUGUGAGCGCAUCUGUUCACUCGCUAGACAUCUUAUGGUCCUGCAACAAAAUGCGAUGAUGACCGCCUCGGUACAAUGGUUUGAGAGAACCCUAGAUGACUCUGCGAAUCGACGAGUUACGAUUCCAGAGGCCUUUUUAACGGCAGACAUCAUCCUCACCACCUUACAAAACGUUAGCGAAGGGAUGGUCGUCUACCCAGCCAUCAUCUCGCGACACAUUCAUGCCGAGCUACCGUUCAUGGCCACAGAAAACAUCAUAAUGGAGAUGGUCAGGUUGGGAGGAGAUCGACAACAUUGCCACGAGCAGAUCAGAGUGUUGAGUCAUCAGGCCGCGAAAGUGAUCAAAGAGGAAGGUGGAGAUAACGACUUGAUCGAGCGUAUCAGAAAAGACCCGUUCUUCGAGCCAAUCCAUUCCAAAUUGGACCAACUACUCGACCCAACAACCUUCAUAGGUCGCGCUCCCCAACAAGUCGACCACUUUAUCAAAGAUUGGGUGACACCAGCGCUCGCACCUUACCAAGAGUACAUACAUGCUUCAGAACACGCUGUGCUCCAUGUUUAG